AUGUGCUCCUGUUACAAUUAUCCAAAAUCCCAGCUAAAAUGGAGUGUAAGAGAGGAGACAGAAAUAGUUCGUCUGCUCUCUUCUAAUGUCCAAAGCUAGCCGAAGCGUGGAGCUCAUAUGUAUGUAACGUGGCUUGUGCAUGUGUCCGGUAUUCCCUCCCUUAUGCUGCUUGCGUCUCAAUCUGGCGUCAUUGCUUUUGACACAUCUCUUUCUCUUCAGUUCCCACCGUUUCAUUAAUUGUGCUACGUGAAGGUUAGGUACUGUUUACUUGUCAAAUCCGUAGCGUCGGGGGAGAAACGUAGACGAAACAUGAGAGAAAUCUGAAGAAGAGCGACCAGACGCUUUCGCGGAAAUCAUGUUUUUCCCCGUAGGAUGGCCGCGAGUUCUAAAUUCCAGCGAAUCCAACAAAAUAAACGCUGUAGUGUGUAACAGAGACAAAAUUCUCUUUGCCGUUCUUACCACGGAUGCUCUCACCAUCUGGUAUUGCAAGCCUUGUGUGCCAAUUGUAUUUAGCAGAAGAUCUUCAGUUUCUCUGCGAAAGCAUGGAGAGAAUGUUUUGGUUCAAUGGAGACCAGAUUCAAGUAUGCUGGUUAUUGCAACAUCGGAUAGCUAUCUGUUGUUCUAUCGGCUCUCGGACAAUAGUCCAGAGGGCCGGGGACUCUAUGAGCAACGAGAUUCUCCAGUCACUAGCCUGAAACGAGAUAGCGCAGAAUUAUUCAUUAAAGAAGUUAUUCCAUCUCUUAUCUUAAAUUUCGAGAAGUCUGCUUGGAUUGAUGGUGGAAUUAGUUCGUUAGUUUGUAUAAGAGACGAACUCAUGGUAGCAACCAAAACUAGCCAUGUCGUACGCCACAAGUGGGACGGCACCAUGAACCGCGACUAUUCUUUGGACUUGAGACGUAUACCGUUCAGUAGUGAUCAACAAAUCUCUACUGUAGCUGUACCACUCACGGAGAACAAUAUCUAUGUCACUGAUAUCGAAUAUUCGCCUCUCGUUGGAGGUUUUGCUAUUGUGCUUAGCAAUGGCAAAGCCGCAUUUCUUACUGCUCAAUCUUUGAAGUUUGAUCCCAAUCAAGUGCAAGGCAUCUGGGCUCGAGAUUUGGAUGAUGCCACUUGUGCCGCUGUUAAUCACAAAUACCGGCUAAUUGCCAUUGGUAGACAAAACUCGGAAGGUAUUGUUUAUUAUGUCGACGAGACAACAGGAGGUUUAGAGAUGUCACACACUCUGAGUCUAUCCUCCAAGGAUUACCCAGGUCGACCAGGCAGCGUCAAGUGUCUUAGAUGGACGCCGGACAGCUGUGCUAUCGCUCUGGCUUGGGAAGGUGGCGGCUUAGCAUUGUGGAGUACUUUUGGCGCUCUCUUGCUCUGCAGUUUAAAAUGGGACUACGGCCUACGAGUGGAUCUGACGCAUGACAAUCCUCUGUUCAUUCAUACGAUGGAAUGGUCAGCAGAGGGUUAUCAGUUGUGGAUGUUACGCGAAUCUCCAGGACCUUCGGUUACCGAGGAAAACGGCAACGAAAUGUCCAAUUUAAGUCGUUCUCUUAUUCAGUUGGAUUUCGCUAAAAGCCCUCUGACCAUUAAUCCAUGCAUGGGCCAUCACGGGCAUCUGUAUCUUCAAGGCGAGGAUAGACUGUAUUUGAAUCUAGGCGCUGGAUUAUCCUCGACGGCUUCUGGUUUUCAUCUUGCCGCUGAAAUGCCUAACGACAGCAUGCUUCAGACACUCGCCGGCUGCAAGCAGUGGCUCGUCGUGCCCAUUCCGUCUGCGUACAGCGGUUCCAAUUGGCCAAUUCGGUAUACUGCAAUAGACAGCGAAGGUUUGAGUCUUGCGGUAGCUGGUCGAACGGGACUGGCGCAUUAUUCUCUACCGUCGAGAAAAUGGAAGCUGUUCGGCAAUGAGAGUCAGGAGCGGGACUUCAUAGUGACUGGUGGACUACUGUGGCACAAAGGAUAUCUUAUAGCCAGCAGUUAUUCCAUUUUGGACGAUAAAGACGAAAUUAGGAUUUAUCCACGUGACUCCCGACUCGAUAACAAUUAUGUUAGGAGCGUUAAGAUGCCCUCGCAAGUAUUAUUAUUGAAUACGAUGAAGGACAGACUCUUGACGUUUUGUGCCAAUGCUCAGAUUAGUAUUUACGAUAUGGUAUUGCAAAAUGACGUUGAAGCUGGUGGUAUCGAGCUGACGAGAAUACAAACGGUGGACAUCAGCGGACUGUGCAUACAUCCCGCUUGCGUGGUUAGCGCCACAUUAACUACGAUUCGCGCGGAGACCGCCGGUAGUCAUCCUCAUCCCGAAAGUCUUUUGCUAAACGUCUCCGGACGUCUCCUCAUGGUGCAACGCGAACAUUGCUCCGACAAUUCGGAAGUCCUGUUUACGUGCGGCGCGCCGACGGUGUUGGCGUCCUACGUCGAGAACGUAUGGGUGCCGUCGCGCUCGAGGAGAGACAAGCCUCACUUAACCGAGGCUUUGUGGCUGUUCUGCGGCGCACAUGGCAUGCGGGUUUGGCUGCCGCUAUUCCGUAACCAUCAGGAAAAGGCGCACGCCUUUAUGAGCAAACGAAUAAUGCUGCCUUUUCACUUGCGCAUCUAUCCAUUGGCGAUACUCUUCGAAGACGCGAUUCUACUCGGAGCCGAAAACGACACUGUGCUAUUCACAUCGGAUACUAACUCGCCAUUUUCACUGCCUUUCAAUUUAUUGGAGCUGACGAGCCAAGUGUAUCUGCAUCAGAUCCUGCGCCAAUUGAUACAUCGAAACUUGGGCUAUCACGCGUGGGAAAUAGCGCGCUCCUGUUCCGCAUUGCCGUAUUUUCCGCACUCGUUGGAGCUGUUGCUCCACGAGGUCCUCGAGGAGGAAGCGACAAGUAAGGAUCCUAUUCCGGAUGCUCAGUUGCCGUCCGUCGUGGAGUUCAUCCGCGAGUUUCCCGGCGUUUGGGCCAGAGCUGUUGUACAAUGCGCCCGCAAAACCGAAAUCGCCCUUUGGCCGUAUCUGUUUUCCGUCGCCGGUCCGCCGAAGAAGCUACUGCAGGAUUGCUUGCAGCGUCAGCAGCUCGAUACCGCCGCCAGCUACUUGAUCAUUCUACAAAAUUUAGAACCAUCCUCCGUCAGCAGGCAGCAUGCCACGUUACUGUUGGACGCUGCUUUAGAGCAAGGUAGAUGGGAACUGUCGAGAGAUCUUGUGAGAUUUCUCAGAGCAAUCGAUCCAAAUGACGUGGAGUCGCCGCGUACAUCGUGGGGCGGUAGUUCGAAAUUGGGUGGGGUGAACCCACCGCAGACACCUCCUCUUUCUCCGCAUGAGGACGAUCUCUCCUUGGUCUUGGGCACUAUGCAAGUUUCUCGAAGCCGCAGUUACAGCACUACGGUCACGCCCAAAGUGCAAUCUGAAAAAGACACCGCGCCGUCCUCUAUGCUCGAGAAAACCCGGAAUGUUGUCAUGAGGCGCAAGAAAUCCGUUCCUACGGUGAAAACUGCUGAAAAGACUGAGAACAAGGAAGGAUCGGCGGAGGAGUUCUUCAUUGAUGUUAUUUUGCAACGUCACGCGCGGCGGCUGCUUUCAGCCCGCCGUUUGACCGAUUUGGGGCGAUUCGCGGCCCGUCUUGACUUCCACUUAGUGACAUGGUUCGGUCGAGAGCGUGACAGAGCUGCAAAAAUCGAUGACUAUGUUGCAACUUUGAAAGCGGUCCACGAGGACUUCGCGUUUCCAUACCCGACACUUUCGCUGCCGACGCUGCAGAAAUUUCGGAGAUCCAGCCUUACCUCUCUACAUUCUGUAAUGUCCGAUGACGAGACCUUGUCUCCGAACUUGGCUAUUGAUCUACCUGAUAGCGGAUACACUAGUCUUCCAAGUGGUAGGCCACCGUAUACAUCGUUGGUCUCACCCGUCGCCAGCUUAGAGACGCAGUUUCCUACUGCGGAAGCCAAAUUAACACCGAAUUUGAUAAAUGAUGCCAACAGUGUUCUUAGUGAUACUAGUACGAUUUGGAGGGAUGAUGCAGAGUCCAUUGUGUGUUGGGUCUCGCCGGAAUCGGUGGGACCUACAGAAGUCAAUCCGGUCUCCGCACCAAUCGGUCGAGCAGAAGUGCAGCUUAGGUAUUUAUUGCAGCUAUUUCUUGAAGGCAGUUGUCUAGGAUGGGCUGCAGUAGUGGCUACUGUCCUUCGAGACGCAGCGGCCAUGGCUAGAACCGUUAGAACAGCUCACGCCCCGAUGCAAACUUUCGACUCUAUAAUUAAUCUAAGAGAUGGAUUGCUCACAUUAACCAAAUGGUCUCAUUCAGAAUGCUUAGGAUAUCGUCCCUUCAUGUCCAAUAUACAAGGGCAAAUAUCGCUCUUGAAUAGACUCGUGAUAACUAAGCAGCAGGAACAGGAGCAGAUACCGGAGAGUCCUUCGCCGAGCCCGGCACCAUCCGCUGGCAGCAAUCAGCGCGGUACUCUCUCCCGAUCGAGGCAUUCGUCGAUCAGUCACGCUUCCAAUACAGCUCCGCUCGAAGAGGAACGCUCGCACGAGUGUUCAUCCUUGACCGUCGAGGAAUCGGUAUUCCACGGAAGUUACAAUAAUAAUCUCAAUGUCGCGGAAGAAAUCAUUCCGUCACAAAAUACUUGCGUGAUCUCUUAAAGAUGCCUUACGAGGCACAAAAAGCUAUGGCUGUCCAUUUUGCUGUGGAUUUUACAUACCAAAAGAAUUCUUUUCACGUAAGUCUCCGCCGUCUAAGUUUUACAUACACAAGAGAUCUUACUCAUUAACAUUUCAAACAUAAAAAUUCCACAAUUAUUGUUUUAAAGAGAUUCUCUCUGUUCUAAUAUUGAUAUAUUGAUACUCUGAAAGAUAUAAAUAUAUAUAAAUAUUAUUGUAGUAAUCAUUAAGGAUGAUUUUGUAAGGCAAUACUGUUGUGCAAGUUGAUACCGAUAGUUCCCGUUUAAUAUAAGUUAUUUCAGAAAUUCUCGUAGCUCAAAAGAAUCCCGAAAAUUUGUAAAUAAGGCUUGGAAGGCGUUUUUUAUUGAUUUUACAUCGCAAAUUUUGAAUUGUACAGGGUGAAACGUGUAAAAAUUGACUCACGUGUAUACAAAUAGACAUGAUAUUGUUAAAAUAUACAUUGCGUCGCGGAAGAUGGAAUUUAGAGAUGUGCAAGGUCGCGGUUCUAAAAUGAUUUUACUACUGCGUAUAAAAGUACGUGCACGAAAUGCACACUGGCUCAUUUAUUAAUUGUGGGCAAUAGUAAAUAGCAAUAUAAAGAGGCCAAUGGAACAGUGAUUCAGAAAUAUUAAAUCAAAAUCGACGCAUCAAGAGGUCUGAUAUUAUAUAAUAAUAAUUAUGUAAUACACAAUGCG